AAAUGUUGUCCCGAAAGAUUGAAUCACUGGCCUCUUUCCUGUCGCUGCGAAAGAAGCCCACCCCUGUGUCACCUGACCCAUCAAGCCCUCCUACGAACCCUACUGCAACCAGCUCCUGUUCUGACCAGAAUAGCCAGACACCAGCCAACAAGGCAUCAAAUAUUCCACAUAAAGCAGAGCCUAAUGCAUCAUCGCCAGUCCGGGAUCAACCUAUUGACGAAAGACGCGACGAGAGCCAUGCUGCAAUUCCUUCUGAUGGAACAUUGAAUGCCAGCUUUCCCUCCCCAGAGGGAGCCAAAUUUGGGAACGAGAUAAAUCAGCAUGAGUACAGAGAAGGCCCUUCUAUACAGCCCCUGACACGCCAGGCCAUAAAUCCGUUCGGUGAUCUCGCAUCCCCAGCAGCACGAGAAUGGGAAUUGAGAAAGACCUAUGGAGACCAGAACGAGAUUCUUGACAAAUUAAUGAACUAUGAAGGAUUUGAAAACGCCAAGAAGUUGUUUAUAGAUAUUCAGUGGAAGGUUCGAACUUGCCCGAAGCGAGGAAGGGACCCUCUGCGAGAGUCAUACAGCAUUGCUAUACACGGGAACCCAGGAACAGGACGGUCAACGGUGGGUUAUUUAUAUGCUGAGCUUUUACAUUCACUUGGUGUCAUACCAUCGCGGUAUAUCAAAGAGACAUCUGGUUUUAUACUGGCUGAUAUGGGCCCAAUUUCGGUUCGCCGAGAGUUCGAUCGGAUCCUUUCACAGAAGGGUGGUGGGGUGAUAAUUAUCAAUGACCCUUAUACACAAGGAAAGGACAAGAGAUUCGUCGACAUGGUACUCCAAGCGAUGGAGGACCAUCGUGGAAAGCUGGCAGCCAUCUUCGUUGGCCACAAAAGCGACAUGCAGCCAGUUUGGUCACGCCUUUUAGCCGGCAACUUCUCAACCUGUUACAUCCCCGAUAUGAACGAGGCCCAGAUAUGGAGGGUGCUGUAUGAUGGUAUUCUCAGGGAAUACAAAGGACACAUGAGAGUGGAAGACGGUCUUAGCGGAAAGCCGAUGCGAAUUACAGUUCGACGCCUUGUCAACGCCAAUGGCAAUGUAAAUGCAAAAGCAGUACAGGAAGCCCUCUCACGGAUAUCACAACGCCAGGAACGACGCUUGAAGAAAGAGGAGGAAGAUGGCAAAUCUUCGGAUUAUACCUGGCUUACCCAAGCUGAUGUCAUCGGACCGCCUCCCUGCGAGGUAAUCGAGCAGAGUGAGGCGUGGGAAAAAUUCCAGGAGCUUGUUGGUCUUGAUGCCGCUAAGGAAUCAAUGCGUAACGCGAUGAGGAUAGUCGACUUGAACUACCAACUAGAGCUUCAGGAAAGGAAACUCUUGCGACAGUCAUGUCAUCGGUUAUUCAUGGGACGACCAGGAGUCGGAAAGACUACAGUGGCCAGAUUAUACGCACAAGUUCUGGCAGAUCUAGAACUUGUUACUGGAGUAAUUUAUAAAACCUCGUCAGAUCUUGCUGGAGACUCUCCAGAGCAGUUGGUAACAAAGACAAAAGAUAUUCUGGAUUUGGGAAUUGAUCAUGUCUUACUGAUCGACAAUGCUCACACACUUAGCCCUGUCGCCAUGGCUGAUAUUACAAGCAGUAUUCAAGGAGCUCCAUUCCAAAACAGAUGGGUUAUCCUGAUUGGACAAGAUGAAGGAAUGCUGAAUAUGCUACAGAAAAACCCGACACUAUCACAAUUUUUCCCCCUAGAAACCCACGUUCGUUGCGAAAGUUACAGCCUUUCCCAGCUGGAGGACAUCAUGCAACGGAAAUUAAACAAACAGGGUAUCGAAUGUACCUCGGCAGCGCUACAGGUUGCCAAAGAGAUUUUCGAGCGACGAAUGAUGUAUCCAGACUUUGCCAACGCCACCGAGGUUGAUCGAUGCCUUGAGAGAGCCAAGAUCAAUCGCGCAACGAGGAAGUCGAAUGGCCGAUCAAGCAAAAUAUAUCCGGAGGACUUUGAUCCGGACCUAGACCGCGAGGCUGUUGACUCUUAUCGAUUACUUCGAGGAGAGGUUCAUGAAGACAUCAUUGAGAAGCUGGUAGGAUAUCAGAUUCGUUAUCUGAAGGCAAAAAAGUCGGGUAUCAAUCCUCGAGGCGUAAUACCGACUAGAUUCGUUCUCAAAGGUCCUCCAGGGACCGGGAAAUCGAUAACGGCGCAGCACAUUGGUCGACUAUUUUAUAACGUCGGAUUUCUAUCUACGCCUGAAGUUGUUGGUUACACCAUGACCGAUCUCCUUGGUGAAUCUCCAGGCCAGUCCCGUUUCAAUACCAGGAGACACCUUCAACAAGGCCUUGGGAAGGUUCUGUUUCUCGACAAUGCAUCUUGUCUCAAUCAUAAGCAGCACAGUCAGACGGUUGACGAGCUAUUGUACCUUCUAACCCAGCCAAAUUAUAUCGACAAGACGGUGAUCAUCCUCGCCGGAGACAUGGAGCAGUUGGAUACCCUAUUUGCAGCUCAACCAGUAUUAUCAGGCCACUUCGCCGAGGAAAUCAUCUUCCACCAACUACCAGCAGAGGUCUGCAUCACGCUGCUGGUGCGCGAAUUAAAGAAGAAUUCAGUCACCCUUAAAUCGGAUCUCGCCAUCAGUAAUUCACCACUACAGUGGAGAGAAGUCAGGAAUCUUUUCCGGGAUCUACAGGGGCUUCCGGGGUGGACUAAUGCGCGUGAUGUUGAACAACUGGGAAAGCGAAUACUUGGAAAAUUUCUCGAAUGGAAUACUGAAACAGCCGUGGAAGAGCUGUCGGAAGUCCCUGUCAGUUUAGUCAAACAGUGUAUGCAGGAGAUCAAGGAGCAGCGCAACCGGCGAUCUCUUACUACAGGAAAGAGCCUCAGCAAUUCAGCACCAGAUCUCGUAUUUCAACUCCCACCCAUGUCGCAGACCUUUCCUGAAACUGGCCCUGAUGUGACCCGAAUCACGGAACAGACCCUGACCGAGUUUCAAAGCUGGGGGGCGUCAAAGCAUGAUCAUAAGGAGUUCACGUACCAGAGCAACGGCGCUGCUACCGAGAAGCGUUCAUCUCGAGAGCCCGACACCUCCGACGAGGAAUGGAGUGAGCUGCGAUACGCUCAAAUUGCAGCGAGGGAGAGAGAUAGUUAUCAUCGGGGGCGGUGGAAACAGGUGCUGCAAGAUAUGGAAGUAGUUGAGGAAGCAAUUGAAGAAGCGAAUGAGAAGACAAAGGAGACAGAACAUGAGGACUCCCCGGAAGACCAUGGCCGACAAGGAUUUUUACAGAAAUUCAGACAACUUGAGAACAGGGUGAGCGACAUCAUCCGGGUAAGAGUCAACGAGGAAAAGGUCCAGCGGGCAUUACGAGAGAUGAAUAAAUGUGAGAAUCAAUAUAGCUGGUUUCGGGUGUGCGGCGGAUAUAGAUGUGAUGGGGGGAAGCACUUUAUAUCUGAAAAUGAGCUUCAGGAGAAGGGAUACUGAGAUGAAUUCCAUUUACUUUCCAG